AUGAGAUUCCGUAAACGAUUACUUUUUCUUGUCGUACUCGCCAUUGCAUCCUUUGUCGUAUACAAAGUAUACCGAGAUCCGGUGAUGGAAUUUGUGCAGAAGGUUGCCAUUGAGCUACGUGCUCAACCGGUACUGGGGUCUAUGGCAUUAAGCAUAAUGGUGAUGGCGACCUCGGUGCCUCCGUUGCUUGGUUUCACUUUUGCGUCGUCGUUAUGCGGGUUUGUCUACGGCUUUCCGGGCGGUAUUGCACCUGCAGUCGUCGGUGCGUUUCUCGGAUCCAUGGUGUGCUUUGGCUUAAUCCGUCACUUUAACUUUGCGCGUUUCAUCCGCCUUUCACCCGACAAACAAUUGAAAUACCAGGCAAUCCAAGAAGCGAUCCAAGAAAGUGGAUUUGGUAUGAUCGUCUUGAUCCGUAUCACGCCCAUUCCUUGGGAAGUGACCAACACGGUGCUGUCGAUGCUUCCCAGUAUCAGCACCAAAAAGUACGCCCUGUCGGCCUUCCUUGCGUCAUGGAAAGUGGCAUUGGAAGUCUGGUUUGGAUCGCAGCUUGCGAGUCUGUCCGAUCCCGAUUUGCCUCCGUCAGCGCACCGCGUGACAUUGAUUACCUUGGGCGUCGGCUUUCUGAUUAUUUUGGCCUUGGCAGUCUAUCUUCACCGCGUGACGAUGCGCAAGAUUCGAGACAUGCAAGAAAACGAGCAGCUCAACAAGGAUAACGCCCCACCACAAGUAAUGGUUGUUCCUAGCGCCGAUGAAGAAGAGACUCGGUGGUUGUUGCAGUGA